AGAAAGUCCAGUUGCCUCUUGGGAAAAAAAAAAAAAAAAGCACCUUUGGGACAACCAUGACCUGGAUGACUGGGAAUCUCCGUAGACAGGCAGGAAGAAGAUGAGGAAGCUGAAGUCAUCUCGCCUGGCGAUCAAAAGGACUCUCAGAAACAGAGAGGGCUCAAAAGCUUGGUGAGACGUAUCCAGGACCACCUCAUGAAUCCUCCUUUAUGAUUGAAAAGAAUUUUAUGGAUCCACGAGAUCUCUUGGCCCCCAUUUGGACUUGUGUUGAAGAACAACAACAAAAAUGGAGUCAAAACUCCGAGCAGCUGAGAAAGCUGGAAAAAGGAUCCGUCGGGGAACCUGGGCACGAACCAGGCAGAAAACCCUGAAGGAGGAAGCCAUCACUUCAGAGAUCCAGUGCUGGAGCUUCAGGAAUGUCCACUACCAGGAAGCCAAAGGGCCACGAGAACUUUGCAGCCAUCUCCAUCGCCUUUGCCAUCGGUGGCUGAAGCCAGAAAGACACACCAAGGCCCAGAUGCUGGACCUGGUACUUCUGGAGCAGUUCCUGGCUAUCCUGCCCCCAGAGAUGGAGAGUUGGGUGCGAGAGUGUGGAGCGGAGACCAGCUCCCAGGCGGUGGCCCUGGCCGAAGGCUUCCUCCUGAGCCAGGCAGAGGAGCAGAAGGAGCAGGGAGAACAGCAGGUUCUGGAGAUGAUCACUGAACAUCCCGUGAGAAGGAAAGGCCUGUCCAAUCCCGCUCCGGAGCUCUUUCCCACGAUCACCUUCCAGAAAGGCCAAAGUUGGGACACCUCUCGUGGGAACAAAAUGAUGUCGCUGGUCUUCGUAGGGGCAUCUCCUUUUUCUGCUGGCGCUGAGAGAGCAGCUGGAUCUCCAGCUCAGGGUCUUGUGUCCUUCGAGGAGGUGGCUGUGGAUUUCUCUGAGGAGGAGUGGGCUCAUCUGGAUCCUCACCAAAAGGCUCUUCAUGGAGAAGUCAUGCUGGAAAACUCCAGGAAUGUGGCCUCGCUGGGAACUCAGAGGACUUUUCCCCGUACUCCACGGAAACGAACAGCCACAGGAGGCAAACCAUAUAAAUGCUUGGAAUGCGGGAAAAUCUUCAGCAAGAGCAGCAAUCUGACUUCCCACAAAAGAAUCCACACGGGGGAGAAGCCAUAUACAUGCCUGGACUGCGGAAAGAGCUUCAGUCGGAGCAGUAGCUUUUCAGCGCAUAAAAGGAUCCACACCGGAGAGAAACCGUAUGAAUGCCCGGAGUGCGGCAAGCGAUUCAGUGAGAGCAGUCAUCUCAUCGCACAUAAAAGGAUCCACACGGGAGAAAAACCGUACGAGUGCAUCGAAUGCGGGAAGAGCUUCAGUCAGAGCAGUAGCUUCGCUGCACAUCGGAGGAUCCACACAGGCGAGAAACCCUACAAAUGUGUGGAGUGCGGGAAGAGCUUCAAUACUAGUACGCACCUGACAUCUCACAAAAGGAUCCACACAGGAGAAAAACCCUACAAAUGCAUAGAGUGCGGGAAGAGCUUCAGCGAAAAUGGGGCUCUAACGUCACACAAGAGGAUCCACACAGGGGAGAAACCAUACAAAUGCACGGAGUGUGGAAAGUGCUUCAGUCAGAGCAGCUCCUUUACGCUCCAUAAAAAGAGGCAUAAAGGAGAGACGCCGGAGAAACCUUACAAAUGCUUCGAAUGUGGAAAGAGCUUUAGUAUGAGCAGCCACCUGCUUUCUCACCAGAGGACUCAUGCAGGGAAAAAGUCGUAUAAGUGCUUGGAGUGUGGAAAGAGCUUCACGCAGAACUUCAGUCUGACAGUCCAUCAAAGAACUCACACGGGGGAAAAACCCUAUGAAUGCGUGGACUGCGGGAAGUGCUUCAGCCGCAGCCAGCAUCUUAUCCAGCACAGAAGCAUCCACACAGGGGAGAAACCAUUUCAAUGCACCGACUGUGGGAAGUGCUUCAGCCGCAGUCAACAUCUUGCCCAACAUCGAAGUAUCCACACUGGAGAGAAACCGUACAAAUGCACGGAGUGUGGAAGGCGCUUCAGCAAUAGCGGAAGUCUAAAUACACACCAGAGAACUCAUACAGGGGAGAAACCCUAUAAAUGCCUCGAGUGUGGAAAGAGCUUCAGCAAGAGCAGUAACCUCACGGCCCAUAAGCGGAUCCACACAGGGGAGAAGCCCUAUCAAUGCUUGGAGUGUGGGAAGAGCUUCAGCAAGAGAGGGAACCUUUAUAAACAUCAGACAAUCCACACUGGAGAAAAACCUUACACCUGCAUGGAAUGUGGGAAGAGUUUCCGGAUGAGUGGGAACUUUUAUAAGCAUCAGAGAAUCCACACAGGAGAGAAACCGUAUGAAUGUCUGGAGUGUAGGAAGCGCUUUGCCCUUAGGCAUCAGUUGACUUCACAUCAAAGAACUCAUACAAAGCUUCACAAUGAGAAGCCCUAUCAAUGCAAGGAGUGUGGAAAGAGCUUCAGGAGCAGCAGUCACCUAACUUCCCAUCAUAGGAUCCACACAGGAGAAAAACCUUACAAAUGUAUAGAGUGUGGAAAGAGCUUUAGGCAACGCAGUCAUCUUAUUUCUCACCGAAGGAUCCACUCGGGUGAAAAACCAUAUACGUGCAUAGAGUGUGGAGAGAGCUUCAGGUUGAGCAGUCAGCUGACAUAUCACAUGUGGAACCACACGGGGGAGAAGCCAUAUAGUUGCGCGGAAUGCGGAAAAAGUUUCAGCAAUGUCAGUUCGCUCACGUGCCAUAAAACUAUACAUACAGGAGAGAAACGAUAUAAAUGCACAGAGUGUGGGAAAAGGUUCCGGAACAGCAGCCAUCUUACUUCCCAUAAAAGGAUCCAUACAGGGGAGAAACCAUAUAAAUGCGCGGAGUGCGGGAAGUGCUUCAGAGACAGCUCGGCCCUGGUGUCUCAUAGAACCAUCCAUACAGGAGAGAAGCCAUACAAAUGUACGGAGUGUGGAAAGAGUUUCAGCCAGGGAUAUUCUCUUACGACCCAUCAGAUGAUCCAUUCGGGGGAGAGACCAUACAAAUGUAUGCAGUGUGGAAAAAGCUUCAAAUGGAAUAGUCACCUUACGGCCCAUCAAAGGAUCCACACGGGAGAAAAACCGUAUAAAUGUGUGCAGUGUGGAAAGAGCUUCAAAAACAGGAGUAACCUCACCAGCCAUAAAAGGAUCCAUACAGGAGAAAAACCGUAUAAAUGUACGGAGUGUGGAAAGUGUUUCAGAGGCAGCUCCGCCCUUAUUUGCCAUAAAACAAUCCACACGGGAGAAAAACCGUAUAAAUGUAUUGAAUGCGGCAAGAGCUUCAGCAGAGGCAGUUCCCUUACUUUCCAUAAAAGGAUUCACACGGGAGAGAAACCCUAUCAGUGUCUGGAGUGUGGAAAGAGCUUCAACCAGAGUAAUUCUCUUAUUUUCCAUAGUAGUGUCCAUACGGGGGAGAAACCAUUUAAAUGUACAGAGUGUGGAAAGAGCUUCAGCAAAGAAGGUUGCUUUAUUUCCCAUAAAAGGAUCCACACGGGGGAGAAACCCUACCAAUGUAUGGAGUGUGGAAAGACAUUCCGAUUGAACAGUCAGCUGACAUCUCAUCAAAGGAUCCACACGGGAGAAAAACCAUAUCACUGUACGGAGUGUGGAAAGACAUUCCGAUUAAGCAGUGAUCUCACUUCCCACAAAAGGAUCCACACAGGAGAGAAACCGUAUGAAUGCAUGGGAUGCGGAAAGAGCUUCAAGCGGAGCAGUGACCUUACUUCCCAUAAAAGGAUCCAUACUGGAGAAAGACCAUACCAGUGUAUGGAGUGUGGAAAGACCUUCACAAUGCGAUCGUCCCUAACGUCUCACAAAAGGAUCCACACAGGGGAGAAACCAUUUCAGUGCACAGAGUGCGGAAAGAGCUUCCGUGAAAAUGGAUCUCUCACGAUUCAUAAGAGGAUCCACACCGGAGAGAAACCGUAUCAAUGUAUGGAGUGUGGAAUGAGUUUCAGGUUACGCAGUCAGCUUGCGUCUCAUAAGAGUAUGCACAGGAGUUUAUCCGUAGAGCCUGGAUUGUAGGAGGAAAAAUGGCAUUGAUUAGAACAGGCAAAACCAGGGGCAAAAUUAACCCUCUCUACUCAGCCAUAGAAGGCCCAGGAGUAUAGAGAUACCGAGAGGUGAGCAAAGGCUUUAGGAAGCAAAGCCCGUAUAUGACAAGCCAUAAAAAUAUCCUUAGAAACUUACUAUGUUCACAUAAUACAUUGUUCACUCAAAUACAUUAUUAUUUUUGUAACUCUGUUCCAUUGCCCCACGGAUUCCAUAUCUGACUUCACUAACCAAGGCACCCAUCACAUACAUGCUUAAUUCAAUUAUUUUUGACAAUCGUUAUGUAUAUUCUAGUUUGUGUAAGUGUAUAAGGAGAGAUUUCCUCCCUGUUUAGAUUUUGCUUCUGCUGUCUGUAGUACUAUAAUAAAUAUAUUCUUUGGUGGACAA